GUUCAUCGUCAAGCUCCUCCAGCAACCCAGGACUUGACACACAGUGGGAUGACAACUUUGAAAUUCCAUGGAGUAAAUUUCCUGAGGAAGUGAUGCAGGCUUUAGAGAGGGGGAAAAGGCCAGGCCCAAAACUAAGGAGGCAAAUGGUCUGGAUUGUUGUGACUGAGAUGAUGGAAAAAUGCCCUCGUGUAGGUAAAAAGCAUUCAACUGACGUUGCAACAAAAAUGGUGGCAAAAUAUCCAGUUCUCUCCAAAAUGUAAUAGAGGGCGAUAUUGUUGGAAAAGGCUACCAUUCCCUUGUCAAACAGUUGCAAAACAGAAAUGAAAAUGUGAGGCGCACUUCAACACCCACAAUAAGAAAAAGAAAACAUCAGACUGAUGACUCAGACCACACAGACGAGAUCCCAUUAGAAGAGAGAGCAGCAAUGCAGGACACUUAUGGAUGCAUUAAAUGGAAUGUAAAAUUUCUGCCCCUUGAAGAAACUCAACAGAGCCAGCAGCAAAAGAUGGAAAAACUCAAGGUAAUGUUCCAACACUCUGAUGCCAAUCCAGAGGAGGUGAAUUGUCUAAUGAAGUCCACGUUUUACACACAGCGUCAACAUGUCAACCAGGGGAAAAGUAUAAAAUGCCUUAGAGAGGAGUGGUGGUUUUGGUUUGAUGAACUUGGCAUGUCACUCCACUUUAUGGAACUCACUGGGAUUGACCUCAAAGAGACAUUCACACGAAAUUUGGAUUUGAAGGGAAAAAGGCUUCUCAACUACUUGACCACAGUUUGUGUCAACAAGAGCAAGAAGUUCCUUCAGAAUUAUGCAAGGCUUCAGAGGAUGCGGGGACUGCAGAGUGGCUUUUCAGAUGAUGUGAUAGAGAUGAUCCUGCUUCUACUCGGCUACUUUGAUGAGAAGGAGGAGUCCAUGUUCUUCCAUGUAGAAGAUACAUGUCUGGCAGAAGAGGUCCAACUGGAGCAAGUGCCUCUGACACCCACUGUUAUUGUCUGUGGACAGUCCUGCUAUUCCUCCACAAGGUACAUGCUGAGUCUGGAUCGGAACCUUAUCAACACAAACAUCUCCUCCUUCAUUUCUGCAUUGUGAGAUGCAUUCAGAAGCCUACAUCUCUGAUGGUUUGGGGUUGCAUUAGUGCGUGUGGCACAUCUGGAAAGGCACCAUCAAUGCUGAAAGGUAUAUCCAAGUUCUAGAACAACAUAUGCUCCCAUUCAGAUGUCGUCUCUUUCAGGGAAGACCUUGCAUUU